AGAGAAAUUUUAGCUUCAAAUUACUAUGCAAAAGCAAUAGCUAUUGCGUGAUUUGCAUUCAGUCAGGGACUUUCCAUGAUCUUUCAUGAUCCAUGAUCGUUCUCUGGAACUACCUUCAAGUGCGCAAUGUGUCGUUAAAAUUCCUUUCGUAUCCAUUGAAUGAUAACUGGGCAUAAUUCCAAAUUUACAGCCGGUUCAAAUUGAUAAUGUGAGUUGACUUCACCCAUAACUAACUGAACAAAAGGUGUGGUUCACGCAAACGUUUGGUGACACAAGCCGUGACGCCAUUCUAGUGUUCAUCGGCCACCAUCCAAGUGACCAAAAGACACGAGGUCUGGGAAUGAGAAUGUGACGCCAUUUGCCAUAUCAGGCUGAGUAGUGCGGGAUGAGUAGGUACAAAACUUGGACUGGAUUAACUUGAAUAAGAUUAAUGGCAACUAUUUUUUAUGCCUCGUAUAGUUGUCAUUUUUAUCAGAAUCAGCGAUCCGAGUUGAUCCGUUCCGGUCUCAGUCCCAGCUCAUGAGGUAUGAUGAGCAAUCCCACUACUUACACAAAAACGUCGGACACGAAUUCGAAAAUUCUAGGUGAGGGCAGUCUAGCAAAACACUAUGAUUGUUUGAUUGAUUUAUGAUCUAGAUCAUCAUCUCUUGGGUCUAGUAAUUAAUUAAUGCUGGACAUAUUUCACAACUAAAAAUAUGUUUCCAGCUGUUCGACUUAUAUUUACACAGCGGUGUAUUCGUAACUGUCAAAUUUGAUCAAUCAGUCGAUGUUCUCCUUCUCCUUUGGUUGGCAACUUUGACAAGCAGCUUGUCAGCUUGCGUGCCAUGUUCAGAACUGCCGGUGCAAAUAAUAAUUGUCCUUAGGCGCCCAUGGUUCCUGGUGUCCUCGGCUCUUGUUUAGCAUGACCUCAAGGAACCCUUUUUUCCACGGGCAGCCACGCUCUUACGAUACAGCUCGUAUAACUCAUACAUGUAUAGCUCUGUAGUAACAUAUUGACGCACUGCGGACCUGUUUUGUUAAAACCUUCGGCCGUCAAACAGCGGUAGUCCAGUUGUGAAAAAAAUCAAGCCUAUCGGUAUCAAAUUUCCCGAAUCCCAAAGAAAAUAAUACAGUGAAACAACUUAUUAUGUUACAAGUUGUAAAAUCUGGCCGUCGAUUGACCUAAUGCGUUUUUCGGUCCGGUUUCCGCUUCCUCGAUCCCAGGCGUGUUCUCUUUAGAGAGAAAAGGGGCCCUGGGAACGAGAUUAAUUCGCAGUCUUCCUCGGUUGUUGUUUGUGUACAGGACGGUUGCGAAGAUGCCGUUUUUCAAACGAAGUGCUAAGCCUCCCAAAAGAAGACUAGAUGCGGGCAAUACAACUUUAAGCAAGUCAAAUUUAAGCCUAGUUGGAACAGGAGAGCUGGGAGAAUCGGUGAAUAAUGCUCUUGUAAAGUUAAAACUUGGCCAACACGAGUUAAGUUUUCAAGAUGGCGAAUGGAUUGCAGAACCUGGUUCACAAAGCAGUUCUAAAGAUGGAGUUGAAGUCAACAGAUUACAAAAACUAAAUGCACAGCUCAAAGAGGAGAACAAUUAUCUUAAGUACAAGAUCGAAGUACUGUUAGACAUGAUGGCUGCAAGCACAGCGGACUGCAAUGUGAUGGAGAAAGAACUCGACACAUUACAAAGUCAAAAACAAGGCCGUAGAGUAGCACGAUAGCACUACAAACUUCAACUUUACCAAGCCUCUAUUCUUUGAGGGAACCACA